GUUCCACUUCAAAGGCGGAUGCACGGACCUCCCAGACGCGGCCUCCCCUGCCUCGGAGCCCCCGCCACGCGUGCGCCCCGCCGAGUAGCGCUCCGUCGCGCCGCAUGGGUGAUCCGCAGGCCGAGGCGCCCCCACGGACACAGCCUCGCUGAGCCGCCGCUGAAGUUUCCGAGAGGACCUAAGGGACAAAAGCCGCCCCGCGCCCCGCCCGGCCCGCGCCUCUCGGGCACACGCGGCCCUUUGUUGUCCGGCGGCAUCGGCGACGUCGGGGCGACCGGGACCCGCGCCCGGGGACCCACGCGAGCUCGGGUGUCCUGAGCCACUGGUCCCUGGAGCCAAACUUUUGCGGAGUCCCGGAUGAGAAACGCCCGGAGGUCCCCGCCGCCGUGCGUAUGCUGCGAGUUGGCGACUUUCGCUGUGCUUUGGAAACUGGCAAGACGCCAUCACCAGGAAAUCACAUUGUCCUGCUCCCGACAGCCCCGACGGCGACCGCAGCCCGCGGCUCACUCCGAGCUGGACACUGAGAUGUAGCACGGUCGCGGCCCUAAGCACGUGGCUUGUCAGGUGAAGCACACACAACAAAAAGAAAAAAAAAAAAGAGUUGGGUGCCUCACGCAGCGGACCGCGCCGCCGCCUUCAUCCUCACUGUUUGGUGCCGCGGGCCACGGCCACCCCUCCCGUGUUGCCCGCACCUACGCUACAGGUGACCAGACGGACAGCGAACUUUGGGCUGCAGACCACUCGGCACCGGCCGAGUGCAAAGACCGCGUGCUGCGCGCUCAUUGUCGCAGCCGCGUCCCUGCGGACUUCUCCAACAACGCCACGCCGCGUGCGUCGCGCCACCCCGGCGCUGGCCCUCACCCGCUGCCUUCAGCCUGUGUGGCCGCCGGCUCCAGGAACUGGCAAGUUAGUUUCCUAGCUCCGGCUUUGUUGUUCACCCUCGUGCAAACACCAUCGCGAGCGCCGGGGUAGCGCAACACGCGGGUGCACGCGGAGCCCAAGCCCCUGGCCAGAGCAGAGCCCACAUGGGAUCUGCGACCCCGACCCUGCUCUCCGGGUCGGCAGGAAACACUACGACUGAGAAAAGUCAUUGUCACCUUCAGCGUGGAUGCAAGUCCGCCGCUGCUCGUUCGUUUCCACGCUGCACUCACUUUCCCCACACCCUGACUUUCGGUUUACCUCAAAUAUCCUCAAUUAAGAAGCGCAUCUCCAACACCUCUGUACAAAAGAAUCUGGAGUCCGGAGAGCACGAGGGCAGCGCUCCCCGCAAUGCCAUCUCCAAGACAAAACUUCCUGUGUGUUUGUGUAUGGGAAGGACGGAGGAGGCGGGGGAGGUAAAGGGAGGAAAGGAAAAAAAAAAAUCACAGAAAGCAAAACCUCGGAGACAGUUUUGCACCGAUGUCCGGACUAGAAUCACUCACCUUCCACGCGCAGCAGCGUCCCCACGGUGCAAACUGCACCAGGCCANCCUCCUGCAAGCACUCCCUCCGCCAGCGCCGAGUCCAGAAAGAUUGUCUCCAGCAGUUCUUCAGUUGCUACCGCGGACGGAGGGCCUGCCUGGCUUGUGAGACUGCUCAACUGGUACUUUCAAGUCUGACCACCUGAAGGCAAGAACCAACUUCUGCAAAUUCGCUCCGCGCACCACAAUGCACACACAAAUUAAAAUUUCAAUUCUCCAACAGAGUUUUCGUUCUUUGGGGCUUUGAUUAUAAGUCGUUUAAUAAAGUCGCAUUUUGCCAUGGUC